AUGGAUUUCCUAUUUGGGUCUCGCAAGACCCCUGCAGAGAUGCUUAAACAGCAUCAGAGAGCACUCAAUAAAGCUCAAAGAGAUCUGGACAGAGAGAGAACCAAGCUGGAGCAACAGGAAAAGAAACUCAUUGCUGAUAUUAAACGUACUGCCAAAGCUGGUCAAAUGGGAGCAUGCAAAGUCAUGGCAAAGGAUUUGGUUCGUACUCGUCGUUACGUUCAAAAGUUUUAUCAGAUGCGCACUCAACUUCAAGCUGUUGCACUCAAGAUUCAGACACUCCGAUCUACUCAAUCCAUGGCUGAUGCGAUGAAAGGUGUUACCAAGGCUAUGCGAUCCAUGAACAAGCAAAUCAAUCUACCUCAAAUAUCCAAGAUCAUGAUGGACUUUGAGCAAGAAUCUGAAAUGAUGGACAUGAAGGAGGAAAUGAUGAAUGAUGCAAUUGAUGAUGUAAUGGAAGAUGGCGAUGAAGAAGAGGAAUCCGAUCGUAUUGUCAAUGAAGUAUUGGAUGAGAUUGGCAUUAGUGUAAAUCAAUCGUUGGCCGAUGCUCCCAACAGUAAACUGAACGCUAAAGCAGAAGAAGUACCCGAGGACGACUUGCAAGCCAGACUCAACAGUCUGCGACAAUAA